GAGUCCACACGCAGUGUAGCCCAGUCCGAUCUGUGGAGGGAUUAAAUGCACAACCGUCGGACCAUGUUUUCCAGGAGCCUAAACGUGUGUGUGACCCUGUGUCUAUGGAUUAUAGCGCUAACAGCCCCGGGAAGUGUGUCUGCGAGGAAGCAGGACGACUCUUUCUUCACUGCCAGUAUUUACCGAGCAAGAUGCGCUUCGAGAUGCCUCAGCCUGCACAUCACUCGCAUCUCUGCUUUUUUCAAGCACUCCCAGAAUAAUGGAUCCUUGGUGUGGUGCCAGAAUCACAAGCAGUGCUCCAAGUGCCUGGAGCCCUGCAAGGAAUCCUGGGACCUGAAGGAAAAUCAGUGCCAGGAUUUAUGCGAGCCCCUCUUUCCCAAGAAGCACUACGAGUGUCUGACGAGCUGCGAGUUCCUCAAGUCGGUAGAGGGAGUGAAGCAGGGCGAAUGCCCCGCCCCAGAGAAGGCCAGUGGCUUUGCAGCAGCCUGUGUGGAGAGCUGUGAGGAGGAUGGAGAGUGUUCAGCUGUCAAAAAGUGCUGCUCCAAUGGCUGUGGCCACACCUGCCAGCUACCCAAGAAUCUCUAUAAAGGAGUCCCUCUGAAGCCCAGGAAGGAACUAGUGUUUUUGGAGCAGCCGUCAGGUCAGCUGGAAAUCCGCUGGUCCUCCAAGUUCAACAUCUCAGUGGAGCCUGUCCUCUAUGUGGUCCAGCGCCGCUGGAACUAUGGCAUCCAUCCCAGUGAGGAUGACGCCACUGAGUGGCAGACUGUGGCACAGACUGCAGAGGAGCGCGUCCAACUGGCUGACAUCAGAGCCAGCAGAUGGUACCAGUUCAGAGUGGCUGCAGUCAAUGUCCAUGGGACCCGCGGCUUCACAGCCCCCAGCAAACACUUCCGCUCCUCCAGAGAUCCAUCCGCCCCUCCGAGCGCAGCCAACCUACGUGUCACCAACAUGACGCUGGGUGACGAAGGCCUGGUGACAGUCCGUCUCAACUGGACGCUGCCAGAGGAGCCUGAUAUUCCCAUCCAUCACUACAAAGUGUUCUGGAGCUGGACAGUGCCUGGCAAAUCUAUGGUGCCGUCCAAGAAGAAGAGGAGAAAGACCACCAACGGGGCCCAGAGCUGGCUGGAUCUGGAGGGCCUCCAAGCAAACAGCACUUACACUGUGGAGCUGCAGGCUGUCACCUACUGGGGGCAAGUGCGUCUGAAGAGCUCCAAGGCUUCUCUCCAGUUCAGUACCACCCAGAAUAACGACUCAGUAAAAUCAGUGCUCAAGUCGAAGAAGGAGGAGAUAUCCCCUGUUAGUUCGACCUUGGCCAAACGCCCUUCUGGCCCUCUAGAGGUAGGCACACCCUUCUACCAGGACGGCCAGCUGCAGGUCCGUGUCUACUGGAAGAACCGGGGAGACCCCAUGGUGAGUCGCUACCAUGUCCAGUGGAUGCCAGAGUACUGCAGCCACAAUGAGACUCGGGGACCAGAGAAAUCAGUCACGCAGGAGAACUACAUCAACCUCCCAGGCCUGCUGUUCUCCUGCAAGUACAAAGUGACUGUUCACAUGCUCAAGUCCAAGAGACGUUCCAAGGACGAGAGCACCACCUUCCUCACCCCAUCCUGCGCUACCAUCCGGAGCAAGACUCACAAACACAUCCCCUGCCCAGGGGAGGGAGCUCCAGGGCUUCCGAAGGUGUUGGCCAAGCCGGAGAAUCUGACCGCUUCCUUCUCCAUCAAUGAGGGGAACAUCACUGGCAACUUCCUGUGGCGUGUGUCCAGGGUGGCUCCCCACCAGCGGAUCACAGGUUUCCAGGUCACCUGGGCUGAAGUCACCACCGAGAGCCGGCAAAAUAGCCUUCCCAACAGCAUCAUCUCCCAGUCCCAGAUCCUGCCUCCUGACCAUAACUUGCUUGUGGUUUCAAACCUGCGGCCAGCGACCUAUUACAGAUUGGAGGUGCAAGUCAUAACAACUGGAGGGGAGGGUCCUGCUACCGUCAAGACCUUCCAGACCCCAAGUGUCUUACCAGUAGUUCAACACCGACCUCGACUUCGGCAGCACCACUCUCAUCAUCAGAAGCCGUCAGUAGAGAGACACUGAGUCACCAGACCAGGCAAACCCAAUAGGGAGAAGUACCAGUGGCUCCCUGCUCCUGUGUAUCAGGGAAGGAAUGUGUGGAACCAAACAGAAACACAGCACACCAGACCAUGAACUGACCCCCCUGCUCACGAAACACGGGUCCUUCUUCUCCAGGCUCCACAACACAUACGUUUCCCUCUGAAUGCCUCCCUUGACUGACACCACCAGAUGGGCGCUGAUCUGUACAGUCACAUGUAUACUGUAGGCCUCAUUUUCCGCGCUGGUUAGUACGUAGUUCACCAGUUACACUAACAGUUCUGAAUUUCCAGGAAAAAAAAAAAAAAACAACAUACAGGCACCUUUUAAAUUGUUGUAGUCCAACAAUCAAUAUUCUACACAGCAACAGCAAACAAGCAGCUCCAGUUGGAUUUGAUCAGAGAAUACUUGCAAUUCCAGUUCGACUGAUUGAGACAUAAAAUUUAGGUUGUGGUUUAAGAAAAAAAAAAAAAAAACAUAGUGGCAACUUGAUUGAAGACACUUGAACAUGAAAGGAGGGAAAUGCCAUGCAAUUGUAAAA